AUGUCACCAACAGACAAGAAGAAAACCAUUGUUGUCGUAGGCGCGACAGGACGACAAGGUGGUAGCGUGGCCCGAACGUUCCUCUCAUCCCCCGUGUCAUCUCACUGGCGAGUCCGGUGUGUUACGCGCAAUCCAUCAUCUGAAGCUGCAAGGGGCCUCGCCUCUCUGGGCGCCGAUCUCGUCCAAGCUGACCUCUCCUCCCUCCCGAGCCUGGUAUCUGCCUUUUCCAGCGCUCACGCUAUCUACGUCAACACCGACUUCUGGGAAGUCUACCGCGGCGCCUUAUCAUCCGGCAAGACGACCGACGCCCAGGCGUCCCAACUCGCAUACGACACCGAGAUCGCGCGGGGCAAGAACGCAGCUCUGGCGGCGUCCCAAAUCCCCGGACUAGAGCGGUACGUCUACUCGGCCUUUGGGUCCAUGAAGGUCGCGUCGGGCGGGAAGUACGCUCGGUGCUACCACUUUGAAGCCAAGGCCGUUGUGGUGUCGUAUAUCGCUUCCGAACUGCCCGCCCUGAACUCGAGGACGAGUUACAUAUACGCCUCGGCCUACUGCGAUAAUGCGCUCUUGUAUCCUCACAAGGUACCUCUGGGCACCCCGUGGAUAUUGUGGCUCGUCACGAAACUACCGUUCUUGUUGCAGUUGAUGCCUCCGCCCAGGGCGAAGAAGUUGGAGCAGACUGAGGACGGCGGCGGCGCCGGUAGAGGUGGAUGGUAUCAAUACCUGAUGACCCUCCCAGGCCGCAUGAGCACGUCCAUGCCGACAUUCAUCCCGCACAUUUCCACGGGCGGAUACGUGCGAUGUCUCGUCGAGGACGAAAGCCCCGGGACGAAGCUCCUGGCCGUGGACUGGUGGCUGACUAUGGAAGAAGGGUUAAGGACGUGGGAGAGAGUCACGAACCGAAAGGCACAUUUCCUGCAAAUGCCCGUGUCGCUGCUGUGUCGCAUCACGGGCAUAAGGGAAGAAGUUAUGGAGGGAGCGGCCUUUCUGGCCGAGUUUCCAUACAUGUGUGAAGUGACGGAGUGGAUUGAGCCCAAGCAUCUGAAAAAUCCGCCGCCCGUCGCCAUGAGCUGGGAGGAGUAUCUGAGGUCAAGGGAUAUAAAAGAGUUACUCGAGUAG